AUGACGCAGUUGGACAAUAUAUGUAUAAAAAAACAAUGUAACAGUAUAUGUAAUGGUGCCACCUGUCCCCCAUGUCAGAAAGAAUGUGCAAAAUAUCAUAAAUGGUUACUAACUAAAAAAAUGAGUGGAAUGGACAAAAAGAUAAAUAUAAAGAGGAAUACAAAAAUAGUAAGGGAAAAAAUCGUGGAAUAUAUGAAAAAAACAAGCAAAAAACCUAAUGAAUUUAUAGAACACUACGCAAAGGUAUGUGAACAUGCAGAUCUUAAUAAUGUUUUUAAGAAAAAAGACGAUCAAUAUAAACCAUACAGAGGAAAAUGUAAGAAAUGUAUAGAAGAAUUAACAAAAGAUGUUUUAGAUAAAAUUCAAAAUAAAGGUGGGACUAAUUCUACUACAAAUAAAAAUAUCUUUUUGUUUUGUGAUGAAAAGUGUGAUGAAGGAAGUGAAAAUUUGUACAAAAAAUAUAUUGAACAGGAGGACAAAUAUAAAAACAUUUCAGAUUUAUCUGAAAAUGUAUAUAUACCCCCUAGAAAACAAAAAAUAUGUUUUAAAGGACUUGAUGGUUCUGUUAAUGAUGUUAAAGAUCAAGAUAAAUUGUUCGAACAUUUGAUAAAACUAGCUGCAAUUGAAGGAUUUAAUUUAGGAGAAUAUUAUAAAGAUAAAAAAAACAAAGAAGGAAAAGAAGAAGAAGCAAAAAAAUAUAAUUAUGACGUUUUACCUUGUAAUGCUUUAAAAUAUAGUUUUCUUGAUUUAAGAGAUACAAUAUUAGGAACUGAUAAUUUAGAACCACCAGAUAAAGGUACCGAAAAAAAUUUGAGUGGAAUUUUUGAAAAAGUAUAUGAUCAAAAAGGUGCUAAACCUGGUAGUCAGGAACGUCAAACCUGGUGGACACAAAACCAACAAUGUGUUUGGGAAGCAAUGAAAUGUGGAUAUAAAAAAAGUAGAGAUGAAGGAAGUCCUAGUGGUACUAAACCUAAACCUAGUGUUGACGACCUAGCAAAGUGUACCACUAUACCUAGUGAGACCGAAUACCCCCUUGGUACCGAUCGCCCUAGUAAUGGACAAUGUAAGGAUUGUUCCACGUGUAAAACAGCAUGUGAUCAUUAUAAAACAUUUAUUGAAGGAUGGAAGAAACAAUAUGAUGAUCAGAAAAAAAAAUUUGAUGAUGAUACCACAAAAAAACAAUACACUACCCAUCCUGUGGCAUCAACGUCACAAAAUGCUCGAGAAUAUUUGGACAAAUCGUUAAAAACAGCGUGUCAAAAUAGUAAACCUAGUGGUACCAAUGAUUGUAAUUGUAUGAGUGAUGUGUCGUUGUCUGCCACUGAUGAUACCCCCAAAUCUUUGGAGGAAACACCAGAUAUAGUGAAAGACAAAUGUCCGUGUAGCCAACAAAAACCACAAGCACCAGCGGCAUCGGAGUGUAAAAUUGAUCAAUAUAUUAGGGACAAUAAAAACAUAAAUAUAGGAAAUGGAAAAAACCCUUGCAAUUCAAAAGAUAAAGUAAACUGGGAUUGUGGUGGAACAAGGAACAGUCCAGUAUCUGGAAAAGGUGAGUGUAUGCCUCCUAGAAGACAAAAAAUGUGCAUAAAGUAUUUAACAGAACUUAGUCAAAUACAAAAUAUAACUUCACCAGAUGAAUUGAAAGAAGCUGUUAUCAAAUCUGCUUCACUAGAAACAUAUUUUUUAUGGGAACAAUACAAAAAGGAUAAAGAAAAAGAAAACCGCAAACCAAAUGAGGAAUUAAAAAAAGGAACAAUUCCUCCUGAUUUUUUACGAAUGAUGUUCUACACGUUAGGUGAUUUUAAAGAUUUAAUAACAGGAAAAGAUAUAGGUAAUAAAAUUGGUGAUGUGCAGAAGGCAAGAACAAAAAUAGAUAAAAUUCUUAAACCAAGUGUCCAACCCCCCCAACAAGACCCCUCAUCCUGGUGGAAAAGUGUUGAGUCGGAAGUUUGGGAAGCUAUGGUAUGUUCACUAUCAUACAAUGGUAGUACUGUGGACACAGGUAUACGCGAGGCUUUAAAAAACAACGACAAAAACAACUACGAUAAAGUGAAUUUUAGUGAUCCCAGUGGCGUAGAUUUACCCACGUUUGUGGCUCGACCCCAAUUCCUCCGCUGGAUGACCGAAUGGGGGGAACACUAUUGUGUCACACAGAAAAAACACUAUACGGACGUACAGACACAGUGCAGUAACUGUAGUGUCGUUAAUGGUGCUGGUGGUAGUGUAACAUGUAAGAAUUGUGACAAUUGUAAACAGAAGUGCCAAGCAUAUAAAACGGAAAUACAAAAAUGGGAAAAUCAGUGGAACCAACAAAAAGAAAAAUACCAAAAAUUAUACAACCAAAUAAGUGGUGCCACUACCAAAUCUACACAAGAAGAUCCCGUGGUCACAUACCUAAAACCACAUACUGGUGACACCACUUAUGCUACUGCUGGUGGGUAUUUGAAACAAGAAGGAUUCAUAAGUGAAUGUAAAGAACAAAAAAAUUUUGAUAAAAAUAGUGGUGGUAAAGAUACUGAUUAUGCGUUUAGAAAUUACCCACAUAAAUUUAAUGACCAGUGUGUUUGUACGCCGGCGGCACAAAAACCAAAGGAUCAGGGGUCACACAAUUCGCAACAACCGGGAAAAGUACCUGGAGUGGGACCUGGACAGGGACGAUCAGGAUCAUCAAAGACAUCACCAAAACCUGCUCAAAAUUGUGUUCACGGACUUGAUGCUGGGAAGCAGGGGGAUGGGGGACUUUGUCAAGGAGGAACAGUUACUAAAAUAAAUCCAGGAGGAGGACAAGGUGGCAUUCAAGUUACUCCUGCCUCACCUAGUGGGCCCCCAGCUGAUCCUGGUGCUGCGGGUCAACCACAGUCUUCACAGGUUGAUACGUCUCAAACCAGUUCCUCGUCUUCACAGGGGACUUCAUCGAGUACCUCACCUAGUGGUAAAGUUGUUGAUAAUGGUCAGGCGGGAGCAACAUCAAAAGCUGAUCCUGAUGCUAGUCUUCCUGCUUCUAAUACUCCUAAUUCUGAUAAUUGGUUGGAUCUAAUAAAAAAUUAUGUUUUGGCUCCUGCGGCUAUUGCUGGUAUUGGAGGGUAUAUUGGAACAUUAGGAGCUAUUGAAACUGCUCCAGAUAUAAUUUCUAAAGGAUUGGAGUAUGGUGUUCCAACUACAGUAAUUGGAUUAGGAACUGGAAUAGGAGCUGGAAAAGCUGUGGCAACAAAACUUUGGGAUAAACUCAUAAAAUUCAUUGAGCCCUCCAGUGAUGGUUCAUCAUCAUCAAGUAGUAACACGUCACCAUCAAACCCGCAAGACCCAGGAUCAAACGGUGGACAAAAAAACCCCCAAUCACCAAUAACCCCCCCAUCUAGUGGUAAAACCCCCAAUAACCUGGUGACAUCUACCCUUCCCCCUGUGGGGAUAAGUUUUGUGUUGGGUUCUAUUGCUUUAUUGUUUUAUUUGAAGUAA